AUGCGUCAUCUAGUUUCCAUCAAGGACCUUACUGACAAAGAGUUCCAAGUUCUGGUCGACCGCGCCGAAUACUACAAGAAAACGUUCAAGUGCGGGGACCUGAGCGCAGCACAGAAAAAUCAUGUAAAACUGCUUGGCAAGACCGCUGCUCUCAUUUUCUCUAAAAGAUCCACCAGAACCAGGGUUUCGACAGAGGGUGCGCUCUCGUUCUUCGGUGCGCAGCCAAUGUUCCUGGGCAAAGACGACAUCCAGCUGGGCGUGAACGAGUCGUUCUACGACACAACUAGAGUAGUAUCGUCAAUGGUCUCUUGCAUCUUCGCACGUGUCAACAAGCAUUCUGAAAUCCAGGAACUUACGAAACACUCGAGCGUGCCUAUCAUCAACUCCCUGUGUGACAUGUUCCACCCGCUGCAAGCCAUUUGUGACAUCCUGACCAUCAAAGAGCAUCUAGACUAUACAAAGAACAAGCUCAAGGUGGCAUGGAUCGGUGAUGCCAACAAUGUUAUCAAUGACAUGGCGAUCGCAUGCCUGAAAGUCGGUAUCGACGUUUCUAUUUCCACCCCUUCGGGAAUUGAAAUGGACCCCGAAAUCAUCAAGGCUGGGCAGGAAGUGGCAAAGGCUAACGGUUCGAAACUGAUCGUUACCCACAGCUCCACAGAAGCCGCGACUGGCGCCAACGUGCUGGUCACUGAUACCUUUAUCUCGAUGGGCGAAGAGUACGCCAGAGUCGCUAAACUCAAGCAAUUCCAGGGCUUCCAGAUAAAUUCUGAGCUGUGCUCAUACGCGGACCCUAACUACAAAUUUAUGCAUUGUCUGCCAAGACACCAUGAAGAAGUGACUGACGACAUCUUCUACAGUGACCACUCGAUUGUGUUUGAUGAGGCCGAAAACAGACUGUAUGCAGCCAUGGCUGCAGUAGACGUGUUUGUCAUAAAUAAAGGAAACUUCAGUGCUGGUCCUGAUGAUAUUCUUAAUUAA